AUGGCUGAGCAGAUGGGCUUGUUCGAUGCGAUAUACAGUCAGAGGCAAAUCACCCGUUACAAGACCGAUCCGGUACCUGAGGGGGCGCUGGAACACAUGGUUGACGCUGCCGUGCGUGCCCCAAACGGUGGCAAUACACAACCUUGGGAAUUCGUCGUGGUGAAUGACCCGACGUUGGUGCGGCAACUCGGAGAGCUCUACAAGAACACGUGGCUGGAUGGCAUGGGCUGGGAACCCGGCCCCGAUGAAACCCGCGUUUAUCGGCACGCACGUCGCCUGGCGCACCAUAUGCCCGACGUGCCGGCGAUGAUCGUGAUUUGCGCCGACCAUUCGCGGGGCAGCGGAUAUCAGUCUGGCGAACCCAUCGAACGAGGCCGCCACGCGGCAUCUAUCUGGCCGGCGAUUCAAAACCUCUUCCUGGCCGGCCGCGCGUUGGGUCUGGGGACGCGAAUUACUACCGUGCUCAAUCGCAAGGAGGACGAGGUCAGGACCAUUUUGGGCUUUCCCGAGUACGCCGAAAUGAUUUGCCUCACGCCGGUUGGCUACCCUCAGGGUAACUUCGGGCCCACCACCCGACGGCCGGCGUCGGAAGUAACGUCGAUUAAUGGUUGGGGCAAGCGCGGUUGGUCCAACUAA